AUGGAUGCAGUCAAGAAUUACUUUAAGAAAAAAAACUUAGACAGAAAAUUUAAAAGGGCUGGUGAUGGUCAUGUAUUAGCGGAAGAAUCAGAGCCAAAGGUAAACGAUCCUUUAAAAGUGGAAGCCCGUAUUCAACCGACAUCGGAUGCUUCGCGUGCUGGCCAAGCAGCUAUAGCCAGACUUGACAAUCAAUCAAAGAAGAGUCAAGUCAAAUACAGGGAACCAUAUUCUGAUGCCAACACAUCCAAUGUACCCACAACUACAAAUGACAGGAUAAGUCAAAAGGUAGAUGCUGUUUCGUAUAAAGAUACAGAAAGAGGAGCAGCUGCCUCCAAUGCGCGUGCUGGCUCUGAUCAAGCCCAGGCUUUAAUCGAGGUGCAAAGAGUGAUUCUUGUCUGUCCAUUUUGUAAAAGAAGCAAAACUAAUAGUGAAAUCCAAGAUUGUAUGAGAUCGUGCUUGAAUGAGUGGCAUAAAACGGAUCCCAUAGAAGCUGCUGCAUCUCGCAUUAAAACACUAAAUCGUAAGGAAGCUGUUGAUACUUCCGUAGCAACGUUAAGCAAGUACAUAAAUAACAUUAUAGCUGAUCCUGCUACUGAAAAAUACCGAAAAAUCCGCUCUAGUAAUAAAAUCUUCCAGGAAAAAGUUGCUGACGUUGAAGGGAGUACUUCGUUUUUAUUGUCAUUAGGAUUUACCUUGCAGCGCUUACCAUUUCAAGAUAGUGAAGAAGACUUUUAUUAUCUUGAUCGUGAAAAAAUAGUCGACGUCGAUGUGCUGAAAGCGGCAUUACUAAUUUUAACAUCCGCUGAGGCUAAAAAGCCUACAUUAGACAAAGAUAUGCGCGUUUAUCGAGCAGCGAGUGCUGCACCCAAAGUCGAGUUGCCGUCUGAAUUUUAUACAAUAUUGGCCUCAGAGUUAAAGCAAGAACAAACCCAAAAAUCGAAAGCUGCAGCUCUAGAAUCUGAGCUGAGAACUAAAGCCAUGCGAAAAAGAGAUGAAGGAAGAAUUUCUCGCCAUUAUUUAUAUACUAUUAUUCGCGUAAAAUUUCCAGAUGAUGUUUUAAUACAAGGUACUUUUCAUAGCAACGAUGCGCUAGCAAUGGUAUUCGAAUUUAUCAAUUCUUGUUUAUGCAACGAUGCCAUCGUUUAUACACUUUCGACCUCAAUAGGAAAGAAGCUCGAUAAUGACAAAGCAACCUUGUCCAAAUUAGAUUUAGUACCUUCAUGUGUCUUACAUGUAUCAUGGGAUGUAUCAAUUAUGGCUGAGUUACAAGCAGUUGGCCUUCUAGAACCAAGCCAAAAAUUUUACUAUCUUAAAAAUAGUGUUAAAUUUCUGAUUCAGGAGCUCCAUUAA